AUGCCUUUGCUCACUCUGGCGCCACUGUGCUGGAUGUGUUGGGAGCAUGGAGGAGAGAGGUGGAUGUGGCGGUGUAUCCUCGCAGCCUUGCAGGCAGAAGGACCCAUAGCAAUCAAAUUUGCUCAGUGGGCAUCUACCAGACCUGACAUCUUGCCUCGCAGUGUCUGUGACCAUCUCUCUCCUUUACAGGCCAGCGUGAGGCCACACAGUUUCCGGCAAACCAAGAGGAUCCUGACCGAAACUUUUGGACCCGCUUGGGAGAAUUCGCUGCAACUCGAAGCCGAGCCAUUGGGUUCUGGUUGCAUGGCCCAAGUCCACAGAGGUUGUCUUCACGGUCCAUUACAAGGACAAUUGCCGACCAAACAGGAUGUGGCAUCUGAGCAACCUCGGAAUGUGGCUGUGAAGGUGCUUCAUCCAGGUGCGCAGGACAAGGUGGAUCUCGAUCUCGAGGCGCUUCAUUCUAGCAGAGCCAUGGGAAAUUGCCAGUGCAAGGCGGGCAUGCUUGCCUUCGAACCGGAGCCUGAAACUGUUGCAGACGACGAUGUAGACUUCCCUGAGGGACUAUCACCCACAUCAAAGAGCAAGGCAGCCCCCGAAGAGCCUAGCAUAGGCAGCGGCGAUGAGAAGGUUGAGGGAAGUCAAGCCAGUGGGGCAAGCUUCAGUGACGCUGGUGAUCUUGCAGCUCUAGUCGACGCAGAGGAUACUAGUGUCUGCAACUCAAGUGUCGGCUCAGAAACUAGUCCGAAGUCUGAAGAUACCAUCAGCAGAAGAAAGAACCGAAUGAAACAAAAGAAACUGAAGAUGACCGAUACGAUGGGAUUUGUGCCUUCAGCAGCGCUGCUUGUGGUACCAGACAACAGAGGCAAGCUUGCAGACAACUAUGACGUGGAAGCGGUGGCACUUGGAAAAGGCGGAUUUGCUGAAGUGAGAAAAGCCACGGUGAGAGUCACUGGUGCAAAGCGAGCCGUGAAAAUCAUCUCCAAGUCUGACAAAAACAAUCCAGGACUCUUGAAGGCCGAGAUUGAAGUUAUGAAGAUGUUAGAUCACCCGAAUGUAGUGACUCUGUUUGAGAUUUUCGAAGACUCAGACACACUUUCUCUCGUGCUUGAGCUGUGCAGCGGCGGAGAGCUUGAAGGAUAUGUAGAAAAGCAUGGAAGCCUGAAGGAACCCGAGGCUGCUCUUGCAACAAAGCAUGUUCUUUCUGCAAUCCGGUAUCUACAUGGCAAAGGUAUCGUGCACCGAGACAUCAAAGCUCCCAACUGCCUUCUGCUUUUGCCUUGUGGUCUCGACGAGCGCCAGGCAGUCAAAGUCAGCGACUAUGGCUUAUCCUGCCCAUUCAAGAAAGGUGUGCCUCUUUCGCAAAGGUGUGGAACGCCAAGUCACAUGGCUCCAGAGGUGUUCACGAAGAAUUACACAGAGUCUUGCGAUAUUUUCAGCGUUGGUGUUAUGCUCUACUGGCUCAUGUCGAGACGUUUGCCUUUUGGACAGGCUGGGCUUUCGGAAGAGAACUCAAAAUCUCGGCUUCAAUUUUCAUCCGCUGCGUGGGUGAAUGCUGGCCAGGAUGUUGUGAACAUGGUUUCGGCCAUGUUGCACAAAGACCUCAACCACCGACCAGAUUGCGUAAAGGCCCUGCAACAUCAGUUCAUCAUCAAGAACGCACCGAAGCUACCAGUAGGCAUCAUUGAAGAGAAGCACAUUGAGGGGCUCAAGAACUACAGAGGGCUGAACAAAUUCAAGAGAGCAUGUUUGAAUAUGACAGCUUGCAUGCUUGGGGAGGCUGACGUUGGACCAAGCAGACAGUUGUUUCUUGCGCUCGAUGAAGACUGCAACGGUCAAGUCUCGAUGUCCGAGUUGGUUGCUCUUGCAAAGGCUGCAGCAUCUGAAGGCAAAGGAACAAAGUCUCUCAAAAAAAGAGAUGCCUUGAAGAUCUUCCAAGCAGACGGAGUUGAGGAUGCCAUCCAGGACUUUUCCUUCACUGAGUUUGUUGCUGCGACCUUCAAUCGCAAGAAAUGUCUUACAGAGAAGGUUGGCCGUGUGAUUUUCAAUAGUUUUGACAAAAACAUGGAUGGAAGCAUACAACUGAGUGAGUUGGCAGAAGGCCGUCUGCUGGGUCACCUCCAAGCUACCGAGUUGGUUCAGACCUUGAAAGACCUUGAUCUCAAUGGUGAUGCAGAGAUUGAUUUCAAGGAGUUCAUGGCGAUGUGUCGCGAAUGA